AUGUGUGCAAGAGUGUUGGAGCUCUUCCGAAAAUAUCACAUUUAAUAAUAGUGAUAACAUCCUAAUAAUGAAACAGCCCUCCUCUCCGCCUACUAAAAACAAAGCUGAAGAAAUGGGUAAGACAACAGCAACGACGCUAACUGUUCCUGAGGAUUCAACAUGUUACGGUUACCCCGAAGAGGACGAUGGCAGCGAAACAUCCAGUCGUCAGCAUUGCAAGACAUCUGAGGGCGACGCAGAGAUGGCGAGAAGGGCAGAGGAGGAGGGCUGCGUGAAUGUGGUCUUCCCAGGAAGCGUGACCCAGGAAGGCUGCUGCCGUUUCGUCAGCGAGGUCCUCAAAUGUGUAUUAUAUCAGAGACAACAACUGCCCAUGACCUUUGACCAGCUGGUAUACUCUCAGAGGAAACAGCAAGACUCAAUAUCGGAUAAAGCUGUUGCGAGGCAAAGACAAACGUAUUUUGCUGAUUUAAAGUGGCGAAAGUGUCAGAAGACGCUACAGGACCUGGAGGAGCUGCUACAGCAGCUGGAGGUGCUGUUCUCCCUGAGCAAGGUUCCCCGGGUGCUGCUGCUCAUUGGUGGAUCCGUCGUCCUUCCCAAGGAGAUCUACGAGAUCAACAUGGAGCAGCUGGUAUUGGACAGUGGGGAUCAAUGCCUCCGGGUGUCAUCAUGCUUGAGACAUCUCUUCCGCACGCUUUUUGUUGCUGACUUCUUGUCUGACACCAGACCGGUCCAUUUAACGACAACCGCAGUAUUAGCACUGGCCCACAGGGAUUGUGGGGUAGGUUGGUUCCACCCUAAACUGCACUUUAAACUACCAACUUGCGUAAAAAACAAAAUCAUUGCACUUUCAAGUGAUCCAUGCAGCUGCAAGAACACGAAGACAGACACGGACUGUCAGGAAUAUGUUUGGUUUCAAGCACCCACUGCCAUCAAAGGCUUUUGUCUCUGAAAUGUAUUCUGUAUGCUGCUUUUUAAAUUGGACGCCUUUAGAAUAUCUAUUUUAAGACUUGAUGUAUGUACACAGUAUGUAU